AAAUUUUUUUGACAAUUCAAAUUUUACUUAAAAUUUGAAGAAAAUACACAAAUGAAUAUUUUACUCCGUGUAUCUAAAAAUAUCGGUAGAUCCUCAAAUUUAAUCCGAAAUAGUUUAAAAAUUGCUUUAGUUAAACCUAGCGUAAUUCAAAAAAGGAAUAUUUUUUGUGUUGCCCGCGAUAUGAAUAACAUUAAUUUAAUUAAAUCGUUGUGUCCAAAUGAUUCACUGAAUAGAAGUUAUUCGAAGUAUUUCAAUCCCAUGAAUGAAAUAGAACAAGGUACCAAAAAUAAAUGUGAUGGAGAUGAUGAAAAGGAAGAGAUCAAUAUGAAUGAGCACAGUAUGCAUGAUUUAACCAAUAACAUUGAUACUGAAAAUGAAAAACUAGAUAUCGUUAAUGCCGAGACACCUGAUAUGGAACAGAACUAUUCAUUGAACGAAACUAAUUAUGAAUCAGCUAUAAAUGUUGUCGAUAUUAAUUGCCCUAUACCUACACAAAAUUGGACUGCUGCGGAACUAGUGAGGUUGCAGAGAGUUUUUCUCACAUCAAUCAAUGAUGUUUCAUUCAAAUCUUCAGAUUACUACGUCACAGUUAAAAGUAUUGAUAGCGAGAAUCGCCAAAAUGAUGAUAGUACUCAUGAACCUAAUAUUAAAGCUUGCCUUAAUGACGAAUCUUCCUUAAGUUUCUUCGUCAAAUUGACUGAUGAUGACAAGAUUAGCAAAUGGACAUUGUCUAAGAAAUGGAGUCAUCUUGAUGGACUAACUGUGCCUGUGGCCACUGCAAUUGCUUGGAAUGAACUAGAGAAUAGUAACGUUGAUAUCAAUACAUCUAAUAUAGAAACUUCUGAUAUAUCCAGCAACUGGUUUAUAAUACCAACUAAUAUAGGUACAUUUAAAACUUAUCUCGAUCCACCUUGUGCCAAUUGUAGUAGAUUAAUGGGAUUAAUGUUUUCUGGAGAGUACGAAAGUGGAAAAGUGAAAUGGUGCAAAGGACAACCACUCAUUAGUGUUAAAACAUCUAAAGUGUAUUCUUCUGAUAAUGAAGAACUUGAAACCUACAGUUUUUUAUUUGUUACAAGAGAUGUUGUGGAUGCAUUGAAAAUGCAUAUUGUUCCGGCUAUUCCAGUGGGUAGUACGUGUGACGAAUUAAGUGCGUCCUGUGCAAGUUUUAAAUUCAACCCGGAAGAUAAUCUUAUACCUGUAGUAGAACGUAUUCGUGAUAAUAAUAGAACUGAGAUAUGGCAUUCAUUGUUGUUGGAAGUAACUGAGGAAGGUAUAUGUUACAUUAAUAUUGAUGCGCGCUAUACUUGUUGUAGUAUGUUGGACGGGUUAGUUGUGCCAUCGGAUUAUAAAGUCACUUGGAAUAAGGACUAUGCACUUGUUAAUAUCUUUAUACCUGAUGUUAUAAAAAAUGAUUGCGACAAUGAAGAACCGAAAACUUGGAAGAGAGUGUACGUUGAAACAACGGGAGAAGGUAGAAUGAAACUAAAUAUAACUCCAUAUGAUGAAGAAUAUGGAUUCGACUGGUUUAAAGGAUGGCAAAUCGUGAAUACCACAGAUAAAUGUGAAACAGAUGUAAUGAUGGUUCAUACAUGUUAUAAACCGGAUAUUCAUUUUAAAGAAAAUCUUACUGCGAUCAUUAACGAGGAAAGUAAAUUUGAUGAAGUAACUGAACCAGCAUUCACUAAUACUGUUAAAGUAAAUGAAAAAGAAAAUGUUGUUAUCGACAUCCUCACACCUGAGGAUCUCUGUAAUAACAACAAAAACGAAACAUAAACAACAUAAAAAACAUUAGUUACAAUCCAUAUCCAGAAGUCUUUGCAUGAGUUCAUAUUUGUCAAAAAAAAUCCACUAGGAAGAGUUACUAAGAAAUAUAUAUAUAGUAUAUAUUUCAUUUCAAAUCUGAGUAAGAAAGUGAAGGCACUUAUGGACUAAUUUAAAAGAAACCUGAUUAAGAGUAUCAGGUCUUAGCAACCAAUAAACAAAUGUAUACAGAAGGCUUCUGGAUUGGAUUUGCAUAUACUAUUCAAAAAUUGUAAUGGCUUGAGCUGUGCACAGUUCAAAAAACAUGCAGAAAUCUUAAGAACAGUUGAGAAGUAUUAUAUUAAAGCGAUUCAAGUUAUUGAUUAAUUUUUAUCAAAAUGAAACAAAAAGAAGCUAGAAAAGAUGUGAAUAUAUUUCGAUAUAUAGAUAUUUUAAGCUGUUGUCAAUUCAAAUACCGAUCAAGAAAAUGCUAAAGCGAUAUUUAACAUCGUUUACUUUGUGUUGAAAUUGAAACAGAUUGAAGAAACUAGAUGUUCUUUCUAACUCCGUGACUAGUUCUUAAGACUCUGUGAAUUCAAGAAUAACCGGAUAUAACAAAAAAUAAUAAGAUAUAAAAAUGGUACCAUAAAUACGUGCCGUGCCAAUCUUUUAAUAUUAUUAAGAUCAAAAGUAAAGGUUUUAAACUGCUAAGAGGUGUUGUACGGUUCACAUAUUAACUAUGAAGAAUUGGUUAAUUAUUUGAGAGAGAUGAUGGAGCCUUUACUAUGUGUAAGCUACUUGACUUACGAAAUAACGAAAUAAUGAGAACUACUACUGAGAGUCCCAUGGUUAUUGAGAACUUCGAAAAAUAAUUUUUGUCGACCGAAGUCAACUGAAUGAUGGUCAAGAAACUACGUUGUCACUGGUUUGUAUCAAACAUAUUUAAAAAUUAAUUUUUUUUUGCUUGUCUUUGCAGAUAGAUGCUGUAUGUACUACUUUCUUCAAAUAAUUUUAAUGUGUAAUGUUAUUUCUGUAUUGAAGGAAACUUAUAGAACUUAUGUAGAUGUCUUCAACUAUAAUCUUCAACUGUACACACGGCUGGCAGAAAAUAAUGUACAGGAUUCAUGUAGCUGUCUUCCACUAUGUGCUAGGCGAGUUCCAACUAACAAGAAUUCCUAUAGUACUACAUAAGUACUGCUUUCAAUUGUAAAGACUGCUGAUAGAAAACUACUUAUAGGACUCAUGAUUUAAGUAUAAGAUGACCGAGUCACAAUUAACAAGAAAUACAUAAAGGAUUUAUGUAGCUAUCUUUAACUUUGGCUUAAUGGGAUUCGAAUGCAGAAGAUAAGUUCAGAGUCGUCAUGUAGCUAUAUUUCAUUACGGGCUAACUAAGCUCCAAUAAGUAAGAAAAAGGUGUAGGAUUCAUGCAGCUGUGUUCAAUUAUGACCUCAUGCAGUUUGUAAUUAAGAGAAUACAUUGGUAGUGCUUAAGUAGCUAUCUUUCACUAUGAAUUCCAAUCAACAAAAAUAAUUUAGAGACUAACAUGAAUGACUUACAGGACUUUAAUUCUACAACAGUGUUCAACUAUAACGACUGUUAACAGAAAAUUACUUGUAGGAUUCACCUAGUUAUUUUAAACUAUGAACUAUGGGAGUUCCAAUAGGAAUAACUAAUAUGCGGAUUAGAAGAACAAAUACACUACUAAUAUUUUGAUGUUUAAAAUUUUUACAAGUUAUAAACAAGUUAAUAUCGAACUGAUUUACCGCACCACAUAAAUAGAUGCAAAAAAUUUGAGGAUUAAUAAAAAAUAUAUUUUUAUAUAAAUUUUAUAAACUUUAAUA